AUGUUGUUUCUUUGUCCUGUGGGACGAUUUUUCGAGAACUUGAAUUCAAGCGAAUACAUCGUGAUCAAAGAUUACGUAGGGCAAGAUUCGCUUCCUGACGAUUUGAGUCAGUAUUUGGUAAACGCUAAUGAUUUUCAGGAAACUGUUGUAGAUCCUUUUAAUGAUAAAAAAUUGCCGAUUUCAAAAGGAGUGUAUCUACUUCGUGCACUUCUCAGUGAACCUCAUAGGUAUCUUGCUCGAAGAGAUAUAUUUUAUCGUGCGAGAAUCGAAAUUCUUACAAAGGGAGUUUCUGACAGUGAGAAAGUGUUGAUACAAUUCAUCAUGCGCAGUCACUGCAUGAUGUUCGCAGGACUACGGAAAUAUCGAAUGGAUCUUACUGACUGGUCCGAUAUCAGAGUAUUCAUGAAAAAGGAAUUCCAAUCGACCAUGUCCCAACUUGAGCGAGACGAUAUCAAAUCCAUAACAAAUGGUGAAGGUUCUAAAAUGAUAUUUUAG